AUGGCAGCAGUAUCACAAGCAGCAUCCCUGGCUGAGAAGGCCAUUGGCCACGGCGACAACGCCAUCACCGCCCAGGACGUUACCAACCCUGCAAGAGACAGAGCAAAGUAUGGCGACUCCAGCGAGAUGAUGAAGGCUUUGGUCUGGCAAGGCAAGAACACAGUCGAGGUCAUUGACUGCCCCAAGCCCAAGAUCAUCGAGCCCCGCGAUGUCAUCCUCAAGGUUACUGGCAGCACCGUCUGUGGCUCCGACCUCCACUUGCUACACGGCUCGGUUGUCGAGAUGGAGAAGGGCGACAUCCUCGGCCACGAGUUCUGUGGUAUCAUUGACGAGGUCGGCUCUGCAGUCACGAACCACAAGGUCGGCGAACGUGUCGUUGCUUCUUUCCAGAUUGCUUGCGGAGACUGCAUGUACUGCAAGAAGAAGUUGUCGUCGCAAUGCGAGAAGACCAAUUCCAACACCAUCGAGAACGCCAUGUACGGUGGCCGCACCGCCGGCAUGUUCGGAUACUCUCACUUCACUGGCGGCUUCGCUGGUGGUCAAGCCGAAUAUGUCCGAGUUCCUUGCGGUGAUGUCAACCUCCUUCACCUGCCCGACGAUGUUCCUGAUGAGAAGGGUCUCUACCUGUCCGAUGUUGUCAGCACCAGCUGGAACUGUGUUGUCGACACCGGUGUCAAGGAGGGUGAUGUCGUUGCCAUCUGGGGUGCCGGUCCCAUCGGUCAGAUGUGUAUUGACUUCUCCUAUAUGAAUGGCGCCAAGCGUGUCAUUGUCAUUGACCAGAACUGGCGUCUCGACUACUGCAAGUCCAAGUACCCCAACAUUGAGACUAUCGACUUCUCCAACUUGCCCAAGGGUGAGACUGUUGUCAGCACUUUGAAGAAGAUGGAGCACGGUGGCCCUGAUGUCGCUCUCGAGUGUGUGGCUGGCGAAUAUCCCAAGAGCUGGGCACACACCAUUGAGCUCAUGGCUGGUCUGGAGACUGACACUCCUGAGAUCAUCAAUGAGAUGCUCGAAAGUGUUAAAAACUACGGACGUUGCGGUAUUACUGGUGUUUACGUCGGCUACACCAACCACUUCAACAUUGGCACGUUGAUGGAGCGCGGUAUCCGCCUUAUCGGCAACGGACAGGCUCCCGUCCACCUCUACUGGGAGAAGCUUCUCAAGUACAUCCAAGAGGGCAAGAUUGACCCCUUGAAGAUGGUCACCCACCGUGUCGCCAUGGAAGACCUCGACAAGGUCUACUACAUGUUUGAGAAGAAGGAGGAUGGCAUGCAAAAGGUGUACGUCGAGACCAAGUUCUCGCAACCCGCUUGCGCCGGCAGCCCUGCCCUCAAGAGAUACUCUUAG